AUGGAAAUAAACGAAUCCGUUAUUAAGGAGGAGGUUGGAAAUUUUUUAACUAGUCUGCAGAAGUUGCUACCGAAGAAAAAGGACUUCAUAGUUAUACGGAAUGACAAACCCACUUUGACAAGACUAAGUGAUGUUCACGCGGAGGCAAAGAAAGUAUUUCCACAAUGUUUUGUUGGUGCCAAAAUGGUUAUUACAAGGGAUGUACUUGAAAAAGUGAAAUUGGUACAAAAUUAUAACUUAGGGAAGUCGAAAGAUUCUUACAAAUGUUUCUCACAACUUAUACAUAAGGAAAUGGAUGAAAAGAAUGUCGCAGACGGUUUGUUGUUGGACUCGGCUGGCUCAGCAACAGCAACGUAUACUGAAAAGAUGAACGAUUACGAGAUGAAACUAACAUCCAAGAUAAAAGAUUUAGUGUCAUCAGAAACAGAGAUAUCGUUUGAAACGGAUAGCAAAAAAUCAAUAAGGUCCAUGUCAUUUGCGUUAAAGGAUGCAGAUCCAAAUACACUUAAGGUUGUCACCCAAUGGAUGUACAAAGUCGCGCCAGAGUUUUGUGUUGGCGGUGAAAUGGGAUUUAAACCGUUAUCGUACCCUUUGUCUCCAGAACUAUCGAUCAGUGCGAGAUACGACAAACCUGCGUUUACUCUGUCAUCAACUAUCAGUCGGGCCGGUUACCAAGUGUGUUUAUUCAAACCAUUCACGUCAGAUUUGCGAAUAGCCACGAUUAUUAACGAGAACAAUCGAGGUGGUUCCGCCACAAUAGGUCUCGCGUUGCACAAAAGCUACGAAAAUUCUGAAUUGAAAAUUUUCGUUGACUCGCAACGUUGCGGAGGCUUCACUUUUGAAAAGGAUGUUUUGUUCAAAGAGCAGCAAAACGAUGUAAGAGUUAUUCGAUUAAUGGUCAGCACGAUCAUCGAUCGCCAGAAGCGAGUACGAUGCGGUUUCGGUUUCAAUCUAGACUUCUAA